AUGCUGGGUCAAGCAAUCCUGAACUUUGGUGUCAUGAUUGGCACCAAUCUACUCAAAGUGCUGCCAGGUACCAACCCCACCAACCUUGACAACGUUCCACACGAGGUGGACUUGGCAUGGAUGCGGAAGUCCAUUGAAGUCAUGCCUCCCUGUCACUUCAAUGCCUACGGAUCGGUUAUUGUUAAUGCCACUGAUGGCGCUUUGUUAUGCUCUGGUUAUAACUCGCAAGUGGAGAUAGGAGAUCCGACUGAGCACGGCGAGAUUAAUGCCAUUCGGAACUGCGUUGCCAAAUACACCGAGUUGGGCUGGACCCCGAAAGAGAUCUCCGCCAUCUGGCCUCAAGCUUGGAUUUAUACUACAGCUGAGCCAUGUCCGAUGUGUGGAUCUACCAUUCUACAAUCUGGCUUCAAAAGAGUGGUCUAUGGAACCUCAAGCCCAACUCUAAUGUCUCUUGGAUGGACCGAGUAUCUAGUCAGCGUCCGAAACCAGUGGCUCGCUGCUGCUGCAGCUGUACAGGUGGGCUUUGGAUCUGGUCGACCUAUCACUCAAGUGGUAGGGCCUAUCGGCGAUGAUGAGACCGACCCGCGCCUUGCAUGGCAAUUCAACUCGAGCUAUCCAUGCCCUGUUGGGUGCACCCGGCAUGCCGAGAACGAUAUCUGUAAGCCAUAA